GAAGAAAGGUCUCAUCGUCUUGUGAUCAUGGAGCCAACCUAGAAGUGUCCAUAUAGUCCAGGCCAUCCCGGCGACCCGCCAUAGGAAUAAGGCUGCCUAGAGAUAUACAUAGAUGGAGGUGCGGAUAUGUGGAUAGGUAAAUAGAUUUAGGUAGCUCUAAGUUUUUAAUCCCCUCUUCCUCCCGUCCAUGAUACCAUGCGUUCGUAAACCGAUUUGUGCAGAACCAAUUUCUCCUCCGAGUCAACCCGUUCUUCUGCCCUACCUUUGUGAUCAGGCAUCCCGUCCCCUUCCCUAGGGCGAGAAUCUUGCUGCGGUGACGACGCUACGAUAGGAAAGAAAGAUAGCCACGGUGCGAUAAAACCCGAGCACGAUGGGCUUGCUUUGGAACUUUCUCGCUAUGAUCUGGUACCAGCUCACCUUCAAGCCGAAGCCGCUCUCUGACGACAUUUGGCUGUGGGGGCAGACGGCCAUCGUGACGGGUUCCAAUGCCGGCCUGGGAUUCGAAGCGGCCAAGGAGCUGGCUCUGCACGGGUUAUCGCGCUUAAUCCUAGGCGUGCGGGAUGCAGCGAGGGGGGAAGCCGCCAGGGCAGAGAUCGCCCGGCUCGCGCCCGAGUGCAAAAUUGAGGUGUGGUCUCUCGACCAGGAGUCCUGGGAGAGCAUUGUGGCAUUCGGGGAACGCGUAGACCGGCAACUCGACCGCGUCGACAUUGCGUUGUUGAAUGCGGGGUUGAAACGACUGGAGUUCAGCCAGUCUCCAACGGGCCACGAGGCCCACGUCCAAGUCAACCACUUGGGCACAGCGUUGCUGUCGCUCUUGCUCGUCGGGCGGUUGCGACGGACUGCGCGUGAGACGCGGAAGCCUGGCCGCAUGAGCAUCACCGCAUCGAGCGUCGCCUUCUGGGCGCGUCUCAGCGACGUCCAAGAGCCGCAAGGAGGGAACGGUAUCCUUGCUUGGCUCGACAACCCGGCGUCUUUCGUCCCUGGCGAGAACCACUACUGCGUCUCUAAGCUGCUCAACGUGCUGUGGACGCGCGCCCUUGCUAUCCAUCUCUACCCCCGAGACAUUGUUCUCAACACCUUCAAUCCUGGGUACUGCCGAAGCCAAUUCCACCGCGAAGACCCAAGGGGAGAAAGUAUGGCUAAGUACCUAGCCUUUGACACCGCUCAAGGCGGCUAUCACCUCACCGAUGCCGUGAUACGCCACCCGAAUAGCCACGGAGCCUACCUGAGCGAGCAGACAAUCAGACCGGUGCCCCAGGAAAUAUCCUCGGCCAAGGGGAUGGAUUCGCAGCAGUUUCUAUGGGAUGAAACACUGGCACUGUUCGAGCGAGAGUGUCCAGAGGUCGACAUCGAAGAAUUCAGGCGGGGAUGAGCGAAAUGGUGACCACCAUGCGCAGUCGAAGCGGGGCGCCGCCGCCGACAGAUAUCAAGGGAUGGCACCAUUGAAGAUACAGCCGAUCCAGAAAUAGCAGGUCUCUUUAUAUCCAAAAGGUGCACCGGCAAUUGGUGACAUGAAACUGAUCUUGGCCACCCUUUUCAGACCUCCCUUAGCAGGCCAGAUUUCAGAUGCGUACCCUAGACAAAAACACGCGAGCGAAGUUGGCCAUGUUAGCGCUGUAGGAAUUGGAAAGCGUAAUCGCUCGUAUUAAAGCGGGAAUUUGGAGGACUCGCAAGGAUGGAGUAAUAUUCCAAAUUACAGGUGCGGAUAUCGCAUGGUCAUAUGGGCGU